AUGUCUUCCUCCAUGCCCAUGAGUCCCGGCCAGCCGUCGCCCUCGUUCGGCGAACGCAGAGGUCACCGGCUGGCGCCAUUACAGACCAAUUUCAGCCGUCCGACGGCCGCGACCGUGAAAGCGCAGCCGUCGCGAUUGCAGCGUCCUCGCCCAUCAGAUUAUUCCACCACCAAUGGCCAGGAGGGGCCGGUUCCUCUCCAGAGCCCGGUAAAGCGACAAUCCUCCAAAUCCAGCCUGCGCAAUCUCUUCACCCGCGAAAAGACCACGCGCAUCGCCGUGGCCCCCGAUAGCAAAUUGGCCGAAAUUGAGGAAUCCCAACCACCCAAGAACCUCCCCACGGCCGAAACUCCUGCCAUCCAAGAAAUACCAUUAUCGCCCUCCUUGAACAGCCCGCAUACCACGGGCUCGACCCCAACCUUGACGUCCCCUACCACCCCACGGGCCCGCGCAACGCUGAAAACGACGAGAUCCAGACCCAGCGAGCCCAAGCCGCCUUCUCAAGAACAAUAUGGCUGGAAGCCCCCACCGCUGUUCCAAGUAUACCCACAAUCGACUAAACAUGAGUGUCUCUCGAUACCAGCCAUGUCUGCAGAGUCAAUUCUGCGUCUUUACGCGACAAGUGGGAAGGCUGACCUCGUGCAAGACGAGGUGGCUGAUGGAGCUAGGAAGAAGAGAGAGCAGAAGGAGCGCAAACACCUACGAACGCUCUCUGGGACCAUCAACAAAGUCGAAUGGAUAAACAAAAUAUACGUCCUUGCCACCGCGGGAUUUAUCCUGCAAUAUGCCGGCGAGGGCAAGAAUGAUCGCCUACCGGAGAAGAUGCUGCAAUUGGGUCCCCAGUCCGUGGCAUUCGCUAGCGACGCCAUUCCCGGGAAACAUUGGGUGCUACAAGUUUCCCAAAGCUCGGCGACGGAUAGUGGCUCGGCAUCUACCGAAUUGCCGAAGGCCCGAUUCUCGCGCUUCGGAUUUCAUCGAUCUAACGCGCGGCGCAUGGCAAGCAGUUUUCUCUUAGUGUUCGACAAUCCUGAUUCCAUGAUUUCCUGGCUCAUGGCAGUCCGGGCGGAAAUUGAGGCUCGUGGCGGUCCCAAAUUUACUGCGGAAAAGCACUCCGAUGACGACCUGGGGCCCCAACUUAGAAGUAAAUCAAGUGUUCGGAAUAUUGUUAAGAAGGAUCCCCACCGCAUUUCGAGCCUGUUUCUUCAACCUCAGGGUCUCCGAUCGCCUGAUGAAGAGGAAGACGGGCAGUCGGUUGGUGGGUUGACUUGGCAAUCCCGAAGGAGCUCCUAUGUGUCGAUGAACCGCCGCUCUGUCAUUGACUCUCGCUCUGGGUCUGUCUCUACUGGAUGGACGGAGGCUACCCCUCCUCUGAACGGCUCUGAUAUCCGCACAUCUUCGUUCACUUCCUUGAAUCCUCAAUCACCUCCCCAAGGCAGUGGGCCGCUUCAAGAUGAGUCUCCGGCAAAGGAUGUGGAUUCUACAUCUACUCGCAGCCCCCCUCCUUCCAGCCAUGACAGUAUCAAGCGGCAGUCCCUGUACAUGUCUACACCGUCGGAUAUCCCUGUCCCUCCCCUUGCGGAGGCUUUUCAACCAGCCCAAUCACCACCCACUGUCCCCGACUCGGUGAUCCGCUGCGCCUCUCCGCCGGCCCCCAAUUUUAGCGUCCCUUCGUUCAGCAAAAAAUUCACGUCGAGGCCAGGGCCUCCUCCAUCCACUCAAGCUUCUUCGCCCCCAUCUGUAGCUGGCGUUCUGCGGCGCGGGGAGAGCACAGGGACGUUCAGCAUAUCUAGCAUUUCUUCCCCUCAGCAAUCGCCGACUUACAGCGUUGCCAGCUCACGCUAUACUGAUUCAUCCGAACAAGUGGUGUUACGAGACAGUAACGGUCGACGCAUCUUGCGACCAUCGAUGUCUGAAGAUGCUCUGACCCGGACCAUACGUCCGGCUCAAAGUCCUCCCAACUUUUCUCGCGUACCACGUGCCACGCUCUCUGAAACUAGUCCCCCGCCGUCUCGACCUCUUAGCUUAGUUGGUCGUCCUGGAUUAGGUAUCCAGAUGAACAGCGAAUCGCAGAUUCAGACCGUUCCUGGUGCCGAACCGGUCCCGGUUCUGCGCAAUCGUGUAUCGGCGUUCCAUAUGGACCAAACGCUCCAGCACAUGGCUCGCCGCAAGAGCAUGCCGGGGUUGACGAUUGGCCCUCCAGUCGCACCUCCACCCAACUGCCCACUUCCCAAAAUCCCUUCUCCGAUUGCCGUGCAAGAUUCUCCAUCAUUGUCUGUGUCUGAAAACUCUCCAGGGGACCGAUUCUAUAAAUCGCAGUCGAUUCGCGAUCACGUCCAAGAUCGACGGCGAAGUGGUCUUCAUUCGGAGAUACCUGCGCCAAGCAGUGGCAAACUAUCAAAACUCGCUGCGCGCCAAUCCAGGAUGAUCCAAUGA